AUGGCUCUCACGCCAAUCCAAGUCCUCUUAGGACUGAUAGCUCUCUAUCUUAUUAGCAGACUGUUCCUGACAAAAAGUGCCUCCGGGCCUCUCCCGCCUGGUCCUUCUCGAAAGCCGAUUGUGGGGAAUUUGAGCGAUCUGCCAUCUCCUGGUGAGCAAGACUGGAAACAUUGGCUCAAAUACAAGGAUUCAUACGGACCGAUUAGUUCCAUCUCCGUCCCGGGCCAAACCAUUAUCAUCGUCAAUGACUCGAAAAUCGCUUUCGAUCUUCUCGAAAAACGCUCCUCCGUCUACUCUUCGCGGCCGCGCAUGGUGUUCGCUAGUAAAAUGGUUGGUUGGGAAAAUGGCCUGGCCACACAGACGUACUCGGAUCGAUUUAGGGCAUACCGCAAGGCCAUGCACCGUACCAUAGGCUCCAAGGUCUCCGUCAUGCAAUUCAAUCCUCUCCAGGAGGUGGAAGUCCGUCGCUUUCUACUGCGCGUACUGAACAAUCCGGACGGCUUGAUUCAACACAUUCGCACUGAGGCAGGCGCAGUUAUCCUGAAGAUUGCAUACGGGUAUACAAUUGAGCCUCACAAGGCUGACGCUCUCGUGGAUCUGGCCAACGAAGUGCUUGAGCAAUUUUCUAUUGCCGCGACGCCUGGCACAUGGCUUGUUGACACCAUCCCAAUAUUAAAACACAUUCCGACCUGGUUCCCGGGGGCAGAGUUCAAACGGAUCGCGAAGCAAUGGAGAAAGAUGGUCUUCACCUUGGCUGACAAACCAUACGCCUUUGUACACCACCAAAUGAGCAACGGCGCCUACAAGCCAUCGUACGUCUCUCAUCUCAUGGAGGAGAGAUCACCGGAAACUUUCACCGAAGAGGAAGAACAUGUCGUCAAGUGGAGUGCCGCCUCGCUGUAUGCAGGUGGAGCUGAUACUACGGUAUCCUCUCUAGCUUGCUUCUAUCUUGCCAUGGCCAUAUACCCCGAGGUCCAACGCAAAGCGCAGCAGGAGAUCGAUCGUGUCGUCGGUCCGAACAAGCUGCCAACUUUCGCGGACCGCGAGAGACUUCCUUACAUUAAUGCGGUUGUCAAGGAGGUGCUGCGUUGGCAUCCCGUCGCUCCUAUGGGUCUCCCGCACACUACCACGCAAGAUGAUGUUUACGAGGGAUACUUUAUCCCCAAGGGAUCUAUGGUCCUUGCAAAUAUCUGGGGCUUUACCCACGAUCCCAACGUUUACCCCGAUCCAAUGACCUUCAAGCCUGAGCGUUUCCUCGAAAUCGACAGCCAUACCCCCGAGCUAGACCCCCACACACUAUCCUUUGGAUUCGGACGUCGUGUUUGUCCAGGAAAACUCCUUGCGGACGCGACUAUCUUCCUCAGCGUUGCGCAGUCAUUGGCUGUGUUCAACUUUAGGAAGGGCGCAGAAGAUAUCCAGCCCAAGUUUUUACCCGGUGUUAUUAGCCACCCUGCCCCGUACAAGCUAUCCAUCACGCCUCGGAGCCCAGAACAUGAGAAGCUAAUACGGUCGGUUGAAGUUGAGCAUCCGUGGGAGGAAAGUGAUGCUGCUACUUUGGAAAAGGUGGUGUACUAG